AUGACCCUCUACUUCCAAGAUUACUCCGGUGGGCCCAAUGCCACCGUGAUCGAGAUUACGGGCCAUCCCGACGGGCUUCUUGGCUUCACCAGGUUUGGAGCCAUCUUCUGCACUGACGAUCCAAUAACAGAGGGAUUUGCGGAGAGCUCGGCCCAAAUUGCACGGGCUCAAGGUUUGUACGUGACGUCUGCUUUGGACGGGUCCAACACUCACGUCCUGAUAUCGAUCGUGUUCACCAACGAGGAGUACAAAGGCAGCACGUUGGAAGUACAAGGUAGCAGCGCGCAAUUUGAACGGGUGAGGGAGGUGGCGGUGGUGGGGGGCACCGGAAAAUUCCGUCUGGCCCGUGGUUACGCCACUUUUGAAACUAUUCAUUACGAUCAUACACUUUAUUAUGCGGUCAUCCAGUGCAACGUUACCGUGUUACAUUACUAA